CCCGACGGUGGUCGUGGGAGCGAAACUCAAAAACGAUGCAAAUUAGGGGUAAAGAAGACCCAGCCCCUUAAGGGGAAGCUGUGGUCAAAGUCUUCCUUCUCCGCCUCCCAGCCGCGUUCCCCACACUCCGGGUGCGAGCGACGGCGUCGCCUCUCUCUCUUCUCUCCGCUGCGCUUUCCUUCCAGGUCGCACCUGCCGACUGGAGGUGCCCUGGGAAGAUGGGAGCCUCUUCUCGGAGGAGCCCGCAGCCUCUCCGGCCGCCGGCGCCCCCUCUCUCCUGCUCCGGAGGAGCCCUCCUGGCGGUUCUGGUGCUGCUCGCGCUGCCGGCGGCCUGGGGUCAAUGCAAAACCCCAGAAUGGCUUCCAUUUGCCACGCUCGUUAAAAAGGAGGACAAGUCUGAGUUUCCCAUUGGGACAUCUUUGAAAUAUGUGUGCCGCCCUGGUUACUACAGAAGAGAGUUCCAAAUCGUCUGCCAAGAAAACUCUACCUGGUCGAGUGCUGAAAACAAAUGUGAACGUAAAUCAUGUGGCCCUCCUCCAGAACCCCAAAAUGGUAAAACGAUCGUAAACGGAGACAUCAAGUUUGGAUUCACUGUUAACUAUGCUUGUAAUGAAGGAUACCGACUCAUUGGUCAGCCAACUAAUUUAUGCGUCAUCUCAGGAAAUACUGUCAUCUGGGAAAACGACCCACCUUUUUGUGAAAGAAUUGCUUGUGAGCCACCCCCAAGCAUCGCCAAUGGAAAGUUCUAUAGCAACAACAGAGAGUAUUUUCCAUACGGAGUGGUGGUGAAGUAUCGCUGCAAUACUGUACAGAGAUGGGAAGAGCCGUUUGAGCUUGUGGGCCAGCAGUCAAUAUAUUGUACCAGCAACGACAACCGCAUUGGCACAUGGAGUGGCCCUCCCCCUCAGUGCAUUAUACCUAAUAAAUGCACACCUCCAGAAAUUGAAAAUGCAGUAAGAGUAUCUGAGCAAAAAAGCUUAUACUCUCUAGAUGAAAUUGUGAUGUUCAGAUGUGAGGCCGGCUUUGAUAUGAAAGGACCCCCCAGCGUGAAAUGCCAACCUCAAAACAGAUGGGGGCCAGAGCUGCCAAGCUGCUUGAAGUUAUGCAAGCCGCCUCCAAAAAUUCCACAUGGCAAGCCCAGCCCAAGCGACAAGGACAGUUUUUCCUCUGGGCAGGAAGUAGUCUACAGCUGUGAGCCCGGCUAUGACCUCAGAGGGGCCACUACUCUGCGCUGUACUCCCCAGGGAGACUGGAGCCCAGCAGCCCCUACAUGUGCAGCGAAAUCAUGUGCUGACUUCCGGGACCAACUCCCUAAUGGCCGUGUGCUCUUUCCACUUAAUUUCCAGCUGGGGACAAAAGUGUCCUUCAUUUGUGAUGAGGGAUUCCGUUUAAAGGGAGAUUCUGCUAGUUACUGUAUCUUGGUUGGAACGCAAAGCCGCUGGAAUAACAGUGUUCCUGUGUGUGAACAAAUCUUUUGUCCAAAUCCUCCAUCUAUCCUUAAUGGGAACCACAACGGACCUUCUCAGGGAGGCGUUCCCUAUGGAAAGGAAGUUACUUACAUGUGUGACCCCCGCUCAGCCAGAGGGAUGACCUUCAACCUCGUCGGGAAGAGCACCAUCCACUGCACAAAUGACAGUGCAGGGAAUGGGAUGUGGAGCGGCCCUGCCCCUUACUGUGAACCUUCUGGUCCUGCUGCAUGCCCACUUCCACCCGAGAUCCUCAAUGGGCAUUCCACUGAAGGGCGUGCCUCUCCAUACCUUCCUGGCAUGAUAGUCCACUACACUUGUGACCCAGGCUACUUGUUGGUGGGAAGGAACUUCAUAUUCUGCACACAUCUGGGAACCUGGAGCCAAUUGGAGCAUUAUUGCAAAGAGGUAAAAUGUCGCCUCCCAGAGUUUAUGAAUGGAAUCCGGAAGGAGCUGGAAAGGAGAAAAGCCUAUCACCAUGGAGAUAAUGUAACUAUUGAGUGUGAAGAUGGGUAUACUCUGAAAGGUAGUCCCCAGAGCCAGUGCCAGGCAGAUGACACAUGGGAUCCUCCUCUGGCCGUAUGUACAUCUAGCACACAUGAUGCUCUCCUAGCUGGCAUCUUCCUUGGCACGAUCUUCUUUCUUUUACUCAUCAUUGGUGCCGGUUGGAUAAUUGUAAAGUACAAAAAAGGCAAUAAUACAAAUGAAAAAUCUAAAGAGACUAUCCAUUUACAUCCUCAAGAAGACAGCCAUCUACAUCCUCAAGAAGACAGCGGUGUAAAUCCUCCAACUCUGCAAACAAAUCAGGAAAACAGCAGAUACCGGAACACAGCCUCCCCCACCGUUUGCCUAUUUAUGGGUGCUUUCAUGCUCUAACAGCAGAACUGAAUCGAAGCCACAGAGACCAAGACUUACUAUCUUGUCCUUCAGAAGAAAAAGGCCAGACCUUAAACUCUAUCAGAUGAUCAGGAUUUUCCUACUACUUAGUUCCCCUGUAAGCCUUGGCUUUCCACCCUUUUCCUAGGCCACUCUCACAUUGGAUAUUUGUCAGUUUUGUUAAAGUCUUUAAUGUGUUCUGAGGGUACCUCAUUUUGACUCUUAGUUUUGUUGUAAAUUCAUAUUUCUAUUUUUUCUUUUUUAUCAUACAGAGCAAUCCACCCAGUCCUUGCUUACUUUGGCUGUGCCUUGGUAUCUUAACAUUUUUAUUCAGAUUCUCGGGUGUCCGAAACACCAGCACUAAAAGUCUAUAAGGAGAUUGGCCUCCCUUGUAGAAAGCAGAGCAGUAUCACAUGCUUUAGUAAAUUUCCUUUCUGUUCUGUUUCCCAUAUAUCAAUGUGCAUUCAUCUAAACUUGGCAUUUUAAAUCUCCAAACAUGUCCCAAAUCUUAAAUUCAACAUGAGACAGUAGAAGUGGCCACAGGAAAAGGUAAGGGGUGGGAGAGGCAUUUUAUAAUCAAGAUAUAGGCAAUUCAAAUCUUCUGAGCAAAUAUAUAGGGUAUGGCGAACUUUCUCCUAAUAGAAAUUUGGAAAUCCUUAGGUUUAUUUUCUGGCUUGUACUCACCUUUUCCUGAACAGUUUGUUUUUCAUGACUGUUUAUGGAAGCAAGUGAAGUGUGCACUGCUUUUUAUAAACUCAGUAUUCAGUAUUAGUAAUUAACUUUUUGAAGCUGUAAUGAUUACCAGCCUGAUUCUUCGUAGAAGAACAUCUAUAUAUGCCUGGAGAACCUUGACUUGUUUAUCAGUAGGAUAUAGAAGUCAUGAGAUAAGAAUGGCAUGACUUCCUAGGACAGCAUUUUUUUUCUAAUGUGAUUCCAAUAGUUUGAAAGGAAAAGAGCAUUAUUUAUAUGUUAACACAAAUACAUAUGUAUAGGAACAGAAAUCAUAUAAUACAGAUUUGAAGAUAAGAUAGAUAAUACUAUGCUUUCGGGGAUGCUUCACAUUAUGCCUCAAAGGCUCUUGGGGUGAUGCACUGCUUGUCCUUUACUCUGAUGGAAAAGCUGGGCCAAACUGAUUCGUACCUGUCCGGGUUGUCACCAACUGUAAACACACAAAGUAACUGCCCACUGUGAGGGCAGUGGUUGUCUUUACAAAAGUCCAUUUAAACAUAAUAUAAUAGAAGCCUACUUAAAAUUUAUCAUUUGAUAGCUCCUUAAUCCUGCCAGGUUACCUACCUAAACCCUUUACCAGUUUUUUUCCCAAUCAUAUCUGCAUUAACUCUGCUGAGAAUUAAUUCACUCACCCAAGAAGCCCUCCCAAUGUGCUCUGGUCCAAAGUAAUAUCUUUCUUUGGAACUCAUAGCACUUACUGUCUAUACCACUUUUAAAAUAGUUACUUUUAAUGGUAAUAUGUGCUUAUUGAAAAUGUAGAAAAUGCAGAUAAAGUACAUAAACUCAGUGUUAUACACUGAAAUUAUAUUGACUGUAAAACAUUAAAUCCUGGUUUCGUUUCCACCAAAUGACAGCCAUUCCUUUAUCAUUCAAAACUGUAUAUAAGCUUCUAUCCCAUAGCAUUCAAUAUUUCAUUUACUGUUUUUGCCCAUUAACACCAAUGCUUUCAUUUACUUGCUCAUUCAUUCUUCAAACAUUUGUCACUUAUACCAAUAUUGUACUUGUGUUUUCUUUCCCAUACUAAAUUAACUUAUGAGUAAGGAUCUCUUUUAAAUUUCCCCAAAUUCUAAGUACAGACUUUUCACUCCUCGUCAACUUUUGGAAACUUUUUUUUUACAUGAAGGUACAUGUCAAAUUGUAUACACUGACCGCUGACUGCCAUUUUAAUAAUAAUAGAAGAAAUCCUUAAUGAA